CGCUCGACGACGACACUACAGGUGAUUCAGCGGUUCAGUAAUAAGGUGCUCUGUUCAGCAACAAAUGGAGUUUAGCGCUGAUCAUUCUGAGUCUGAGAUGGACCUGGAAUGUCAUAACUACGACCUGAAGUCAUCAGACAUUGUUCCUGAUUCAGACAGCAGAAUAAUUUCAGUACAGCUUCUCGAAUUUAAGACGUGUCUCCUUGAAGCGGUGAAGGAAUUGCAUAUUCACAGGGAUGCCGAAACACGUCACGAGGCUCAGAUCUGUACUCUCAUCCUGGAGAAACAAGAACUAGAGUGGCAAAAGGAGUCACUACAAAAUCAGAUCAACAGGAUGACAAAAGAGCAAUCUGAAUCUCUUGAUGCUGUUAAAAAGCAGUUUCAGGCUCAGAUUCAAGAAAUAGAAGCAGACAAGGGCAAACAUCAACUAAGUGCUGAAUUUAAGGACAAAGAGAUUACCAGCCUGAAGGAGGAGCUGAAGUCACUUCAGUUGUUCAAGUACAGUUUGGAGAAGAAACUAAGCGAGCUGGAGCAGAAGGUGCAGCUGCAGGCUCAGGCGAAGGACAGCCACCUGAAUCAGCUGGGAGAUGUAAAGAAGCGUUUCAGUACGAUAUCAAGUCAGUGUGCUGUUGUCAGAAAGGCCCAUGAGACUCUGGAGAAGAAUGUCGAAGAGGCGAUGCGGAUUAACAAGAAACUUGUUUCCGUCAACACAAAACAAGAAUCUACAAUUGCUGCCCUAAAAAAGGAUGUGGAGAGGCUGAACAGUGAGCUGGUAAAAAGCAAAGUUGUGUCUAUCUACAGCUCUGAAGACAAAAGUGCUAAUUACCAGCUAAAAAACCAACAGCUGCAGGAACUUAAACAAAGGCUGAUAAUGGAAACCGAACUGAAUAAGAAGUUCAGAAAUGAAAUUGCUAUAGAAAGAGCUGAGAAGCAGGAGCUUAUGAGCUCCCUUCAGCAUGCCCAGUGCUUGCUGCAGACUCAAACACAGGCUGUGAUCCGAACCGAGCAACAGCUCCUCAAACACACAGAGGAGUACCAGGUCCUUAAACGAGAACAUGAAAUGGUCCGAGAGAGGAGUAAAGAAAAAGAGGACAGACUUGCGCACUUGAUCGAUGACUACAAACAUUCCAAAAUCGCUGCGGAAAAAGAGAUGCAGAGUCUGCAUGCAAAGAUGCAGGCUGAUCAGGAAGAACUGAAAGCUGUUCAAAAGGCAUACAAUCAUCUCAAUGAGAAACACCAACAACUGUCCUCUUGUAUAACACACCAAAAAAGACAUAUGGAGGGCUUAGAGAUCGGCCUAAAGGAUGACUUUGACAUCCAAACAAACUCUCCUACCAGCCCAAACCGUGAUAUCGAUGUGCACAAGGAUGCAUCUUUAGAUGGAGAAGGCUGUCAAACCAGUUCUCAAAAUAAUUGUGAGAAAAUGAGACAUUGCAAAGAAGAUGAAGACAUUCCAGAUGAAAGCACUGCCGAGUGUCAAGAAGCGGCACUAGGCAGAGAAAACGACGAGGUUAAUGUUCGUUCACAGACUGAUCGAACAACGUUGGCGCUUCCACCUUCAGGAGGCCUUGGUGCUUUGGCUCCAGAUCAGUCAGAGACAAGUGAGAGAGUCAGCGGAACUGAUGUGACAAAUCAGCAGAUAAAUCCAGCUGUCAAACAAGAAUCAAGUGUCAGUGAAAGCGCACCAGCGUUAGAUAAUGGUCACCCUUCAAAUGCAGUACAAAGUUAUACAGAAAGCUGUCUCGCUAAGCUAUCAGAACCCCAAACCAGGUCUGUUUAUGAUGUGGCCAUUGACCCAGUGAUGUCUGAACCCGGGGUUACGCCAGCAGAGAAGAGGCUGUGUGUCUAUGAAAAACGAGAGUGCCAGACACCAGAUAAACACCCAUCUGAGACAUCUCAGGACGUUAACUUGAAAAGAGCUGAGACUCAGGCUGUAGCACCUGAGAUAAAAAAGGCUCUGAAUGCCUUACCAAAUAGAGAUAAUAAACCAUGUAUGAAUGAACCAAUCAUUGUUGUGGAAGAAGAUACGGGACCAGCACAAACUCCUAACAAGAGUCUUAUGAAGUAUAGACAAUUAGGUCUAUGCAAUUCAAGUUCACAGCAACAAACUAUUCCGAAGGAUUCAGACGGUUCUUGUGUUGCCACAAUUUCUGACGAAUCUUUUAGUGAGCUGCAAGGAAAUCCUGAUCAACAGGACACCUUGGAAGAUAUAAACAGCAGUACCGGGUUCACAGAGGCGAAAUGUAUCCCAGAAACAGAGUUGAACACCAUUUCCCGUCCUGUUGAAUCAUCUUCUCAAUGCACUGUGUUUAUCACAGCUAAUACAGCAAAAGCUCUAGAUGGAAAUAAACCAGACGAUAUCUGUACUUAUGCUUUAUCUGCACAGAACCAUGAGCAAAAUGCGGAAGCUUUUCCAGAUCCCCAGAUCUUAAUCCACCAGGAAGAUUCUGUGUACACUGAUGCCAAAUUAAAUGAAGAUCUUAAUAUUGCUGAAAAGCAAAUUAUUGGCAUAGAACCAGGUUAUAGUGACGAAAGCAAAAAAAAUGGAUACACGUCUUUUGGAUUGGACGUGUCAUUGACAGAAACAUCACAUGCACAAUUGACAUCACAAACUGACACUGUGGCGCAAACAAACAAAUCUUCAGCACCCUCAAGAAGGCUCGGUUCUGAGAAAUCUGUGCUGCCCUCUGGCAGCCAGGACCUCCACAGAUCAUGGCGUACCCCUGUUUUUCCAAAGUCCACACCAAGAAACCGAGGUGGACCUUUUGACAAAGUGAAUGCAUCAGACAUCCAGAAACUUGAUCGCUACAGCGAAUGGAAUGCGAUAAAAGAGACAUUUUAUGAAAUCUCUGCUGAAAAGGAGAGCAGAAUUCCCAUCUCAUUUGGUUCAGCUCAGUCAGGCAGCCCAGCGGCGUGCUCAGUGGGUAAUGGGCUGAGACAGAACUGCACCGUUACUCCCCCUCCCAGACGGCACAGCUUGGGAAAAGUGUCUCAGGCCGUGUGUGAGGAAAGAACGCCCACGCCUCUUGAGAAACAGGACCAUCAGACAUCUGACAUCAGGGCCCAGAUCGCCAAGAUCGAACAGUUCCUCUCUUCUGAUAGUUUCAGACCACAGAAAAGACGUAAAGUAGAUGAUGCUGAGCAUUUCAAAUGCUUUGAUUAAAAGCGUUAUCUUUAUUGUAUUAAAAUCUGAGAUGUUUUAGAGCUUGAAUGUGUGGCUGGUUGGUUUUGUUUAUUUAUUUUUUUUUUUUGUGUGUCAAACA